AUGUCCACGGACAGCCUGGAGCCUGUUAGUGUGAGCGAGUCCGUAGCAGGUGCUCCAGCAAUCGAGGAAAGCGCUCAACUCCCGCUUGAAGAGUCGAUUGGAUGUGGACUCUACGUGGUUACUGCUGCGCAACCGUCGAUCGUGACGCACGCGCGCGUUGCGCGCUUCAUCUCCCCCGACCAGCCCAGUGUGCUUCUGGUGCGUUUAAACAGAAUCGAAGUGUAUGAAGUCUCUACCGAUAGCACAAAGUCGCAUGAGAGCGCGUUAGUCGCGUACGCGAACUUACCGGUCUUUGGCAGAAUAGCGGCACUCGAGGUACUGCCCGGUGUCGGACUGUGCGAGCGUGCGACUGCUCGGGGAACAAGGGUCGCGAGCCCGGUGGGUGCGUUGCAACCCUCCGAGCGUCUCAGCAGUUUGAAUCUGCACGGGGGUACCCCGCGAAGUGGUUCGAAGCGUGCUCGAACAAGCUCACGGCACAAAGUGGAAGCACCCUUAAAACCCGUACCGGAAACAGCACGCACUGUACAGGUGCUACCGUCCGAUGCUGGAGACCAGAGCACGGACGCUGUCUUCAUAUUGACGGAACGUUUGGACUUUGCCGUGAUCAAGUAUGACACGAGAUUGCAGGGAGUGGCGACACUCGUUGCGGGGUCGCUCGCGUCUAAACUCGGCCGGCGAUGCCCGCUUGGUGAGUUUGUGGCGCUUGAUCCCAGCGCGCGAUGCCUAGCCGUCUAUGCCUAUGACGGCCUUUUGAAAGUAGUACCGGGCAGCCUCAUGGGUGAGGCCUUUGAGGUUCGGCUCGACGUUGUGCAGGUCCAGAGCAUGGAGUUCCUUAUCGGGACGGAGCAUCCAACGCUCGCCAUAAUCCACACGGAUUAUCUUCAUAAUCGCCAUCUGGUCUCAUAUGAAAUUCUUCUUGGUCGGCAGGAUGUCAGAGAGGGACCCAUUGCACAGCAAUAUUUGGAUGCCUCGGCCGAGCUGAUUAUUCCAGUGCCGCCAGCACCGAACGAUUCAGCAAACGACGGCGCCUGCGGGGGAUUCGUGGUUGCCUGUGACACGUCCCUGGCACUCCACCCCGGCCGCAGCGGCGUCGCAAAGCAAGUAAUCCAUUUCCACGGCGGUCAGUUCGCACCGAUGCGUUGUUUUUGUCCUAUAAGCGGCAUUGGCGGCAGCAGCAAGUCUGCAUCGGUAGAGGCAAACAGACAAGACCACUUCGAAACAGGGCUUGAGAUGCUUGCGGCUGCCGGCUACCACGCCCACUACUUGCUGGGCGAUCGGGAUGGAUUUCUGUAUGUUCUCUCAGUUGGUGCUGAAGUGGGCAUGCGCCUCGAGUGUGUUUGCGAGAGCAGCGUGGCAAGCGCGAUUGCUUACCUGGGGAGUGAUUUGGUCUUCGUCGGCUCGGCAUUAGGUGACUCCCAACUUGUUCGACUGCUGCCGUCGCAGACUGAGUCACCUGAGCUCGUGCAAACGACGCUAUUCGCCACUGCAUCGGCAUCAAGCCAUGAGCGCAGGGAAUCCCGAGCCGAGAGAGCCGAGUGUCAGCUCUGGUUCGGACAAGUGGUGCAGUGCUACACAAACAUCGGUCCUAUCCAAGAUCUACUCGUCACCGGUGAUGAUUCCUUUAGCGACGGGCACAUCAUCACAUGCUCGGGAGUUUCUCGAAUGGGCUCAUUGCGAAUCAUCCGAAAUGGGAUCGGCUUUGUUGAGCAUGCCGCCGUGGAGCUCGAUGGCAUCAAGGCGCUGUUCACGCUGCCUUCACUAACCUCACCCGAGUGGGAUGAAUUUCUGGUUGUGUCCUUCACAGCAGAAACACGAGUCCUUCGUCUCGCAGCACACGAUGAGCUCGUUGAAGUGGAAUCGCUGGCUGUGGAUGAGGCUACAAUCCUAGCGAUGCGCUUGCCAGCUGAACAGCUUGCACUCUGGGUGACCGCAUCGUAUGUCGGGCUCGUUGAUUUGACGCUCCUGGAGCGACCUGCCGUGGCGUGGACCCCUCCCUCAUCAGAGCAAAUUACCAAUGCAGUUUUUGAUGAGUUGCAUAAGCUUGUUCUCGUGUCAACUAGUAAUGCGCAGCUCUAUGUUCUCCAGCAGCGGAAGACAUCCCUUGUGCCAGUCGGCAGCCAGACGCUUCCGGCUGAGGUCGCUUGCAUACACGCCGCUUACGGAAUCGUUGCGCUCGGUACCUGGGCAGAGUCUCGAAUACGGCUGUUCCGGCUCCAUGAGGACACGGGGAAUCGCUGGGAACUGGAAUGCAUACGAGAAAGUGCGUUGCCGUCAACGUCGGUCCCCAGGUCGGUGCUUCUGACUUACUUGGAUGAUCAUGGCGGCCUGAUGGCCGACCACGGCGGCAGAGCCCAUUUGUGCCUGCUCGUCGCCGUCGGCGAUGGUCGGCUCUUCGCGUUUAACGUUUCACAGCCAGAUGCGAAACGCAGUGGGCCCGAGCCAGAAGAUCUCAGCAAGUGCGAACUGCAACUCCAACAUCCGCGGCAACUACGGCUCGGUUCGCGUCCUGCAGCACUGAAUAAUCUGCAGCUUCACGGAAUGCGCUACGUUUUUGCCGCAUGUGGACGCGCAUCUGUGAUCCACGCGCACCACGGUACCCUAUUCUGUGGGAAUGUGAACCUUCGUGACGUCACCCGGGCGGUUCGCUUUCACACGAAGGGUUUUCCGGACUCGAUCGCUGUGGCGACGGAGCAGGGCCUUGCACUCGGCGGGAUUGAGCACAUCCAACAGCUGCACAUUCGUCGCCACGAUCUUCGCGAGCAACCGCGUCGCAUUGCCCACCUUCGUGGCUAUAUCUGCCUGCUAACCGUGUCGAUAGUUUUCGGGGAGGAACGACACCAUGUACGUCUGCUGAACGACGAAACGCUCGAGACGAUCACCAGUCACGAUUUGGCGAUGAACGAGCACGGCCUGAGUCUGGUGGCGAUUCCCGAACGCGAUGUCUUUGUCGUCGGUACUGCGUAUGUGCUGCCUUCAGAAAUGGAACCAUCCCGCGGAAGAAUACUCGUAUUCAGUCGAGAGGAAUUGCUCUUACUGAACGAGCUGUACACGCCAGGUGCCGUCUACACCAUGAGCGCCCUGGCGGAUCCCAGUGAUCGCACGUGUCGGUUUCCGGCGAGUGCUGCCCGGUUCCUUGCCGCCGGCGUGAACAACGUCGUGAUCCUCUACGAUUGGGGUCAGUCGGGUCACGGCGACGACUACGAACUGCGUGAAGUUGCUCGCCAUCUGGGGCACGUACUCGUGCUGCGCCUCGAAGCACGCGGCGACCAGCUUCUCGUUGGAGACCUCAUGAAAUCGCUCUGUGUGCUACAGCUGGUGCUGCCCGAAGGCGAAACUUCCGAUGGCGCCUCGCCGUGUCUCAAAGCGGUGGCAUGGGACUACGAGACCGCGUGGAUAACGGCUUGUGCGUUCCUGAACGAGGACACGUACCUUGCGGCCGAUAACUCGUACAAUUUGCUGUCGUUGCAGCGGAAUCCGCACGAAACGCGAUCGGAAUUCCGCCACGCACUCAAUCGUGCGGGUGCUUUCCAUCUCGGUGAUCUGGUGAACGUCUUUCGGCGGGGAAAACUGGUCACAGAGGCCUCUGGAAAUGAAGAGGCCGGCACUGGAAACGGUCACAGCACCAUCGAUACCGAGAGCACCAGGGAUGUCGCGCGAGCAUCGACAGGCACCACGACUGCCGACAACGUCAGCCGUCAGACGCUGCUGUUCGCAACGACCGCUGGAGCGAUCGGCAUCAUCGUGCCGCUGGACCCAGCACAACAUCGUAUGCUGUCGCGGGUGGAGAAAGCGUUGCGCUCGCUGACGGAUCAUCCUGCUGAAGCGGGUGCUGCGGACAACGGCCACGAGCGGGUGCGUCGUUCACCGCUCACCAGUAUCCGGCUUGGUGUCGAGGGUUUUGCGCACGCCGACUGGCGCACACCGCUUUCUGAGCGCGCCCUCAAUAGCUUGCAUAGCAUGACCUGUUUCGACUUACCGCGACGAGGAUUCGUGGACGGAGAUCUGGUGGAGCGGUUUCGGGAACUUGAACCCACUGAAAUGGAAUUCGUGGCCGCCCAGGUCGGUGCAUCCAUCGAGCAUAUCAAACUCCUCGUGGAUGAUUUGGCUCGUCUGCACUAG